AUGAGUGUCCCAGCUAACCUGUAUCCUGGUCUAAACGAUAUUGUGGACGUGCUAGAAGAGUUCCCCUUGGAAACUUCGAGAUAUUUCACUUUGUUACAUGAGAUAGAUGCCAAAUGUGUGCAUUCGACCCCGAGUCUUAAUGAAAAGAUAGAUACAUUUAUGAAGGCAGACGAUAACGUAGAUCGGAGACAACUGCUUAGCCAUAUGAAUGGCCUAUUCGAGGAAUUGAUGCCUUCUCUUGAAGAAAAAAUGCAUGUGUCUUCGAUCAUGUUAGAAUCAUUGCAAAAGCUAACUUCAAGGCUAGAGUUGGCUUAUGAAGUGGCCAUAAAGAACCAGGAGAUCCCAUCCAGUCUGCGGCUUGGGGUGGAUAACCACCCGGCCAUGCAUUUACACCACGAAUUGAUGGAAAAGAUAGAUGCCAAGUCCGGUGCUACCGGUGGUGGUAGUUCCAAUGGCUUAAAGACAUCACAAGCACUAAGAAGUGAAUCCAGAAGAGAGGCUAUGGUUGCAAACAAGAAACAAACGACUUCUAAUAUACCACAAGAACCGACAGACGAUUAUACCGAGACAGAGGCCAGAAAGAGAGCACCAGCUGCUUCAAAUGGAUCAGGACCCGAUACAAAGAAACCUAAGAGACGAGCUAACGUAAGCACGGUGACAAUAAACCGCACAGGGGACACCCAGGAGGACCCGGACCUACUGCAAGCCAAAACAAACGAGUAUGGUGAACCAUUGUAUUGCUACUGUAACCAAGUUGCCUACGGUGAAAUGGUAGGCUGCGAUGGAGCCAAUUGCGAGCUCGAAUGGUUUCAUUUACCGUGCAUUCAUCUCGAUCAUAUCCCAAAGGGCAAGUGGUACUGUGAUGACUGCAAAAAGAGAAAGGUUUAG